GCUAAAUAUGCUGCGGACCGUUAUAAUGUAGGCUGUCGAUCAAUGUUUCGAUUAGGCUACAGCUAAGAAACCCAUUUUGGCCAUACGAUUGUUUAAGCUAUGUUAUAAUUUCUGGCAUUUAUUUCAGCAUCACAACAUGAAGACGGAGGCGUUAGUUUUACCAAACCUCCACGCAGCACCCGGUAUGAACCGGUUUGGGUGAUGCGCGAUCUCGUGGUACUCCACCCUCUUGACAUGCAGUGUAUCACAGCAUCCGCGCGCCCUCGUUGGUCACACCCCUAUGUUAAAGUCACGCAUUCUCAUCCGCACACAUGCCUUGCGAGCCUCCGCAGCAUCAGCCUCCUGAUUGGACAAUAACCCCGGGUACAUUCGUUCUCGUCCGGCGCCCCGGGGUUCAUUUUAGAACCAAUCCAAUUGUGUAAAAUACACGAACUCGGCCCAAUCAGUGUCAUGAGCGAGCUAAAACGAAUGCACAUAUUAAUGCACCCGUUGGUUGACAAGCUGCGAUUGGUCGGUAUGAUGACAUAAACUCGAUUAUCAUUCUCCAUCUAUUUUCGGGGAACGCGGACAAUUUUGUUGUAAACGAAGCGCGUGCUUGAAGAAAAACGCAGAACUGGAAACAAACGUGCACCUUUUCAGCACCCGAUCCUCGUGGAUAGCCGUACAGGUCCAUUCCGCCAACAGCUAAUCAAUCAGACCAAACAAGCGUGGGUAUACAAGCAGCAGACUUCUUUUUUUCGAUAAUCAUACAGCUACCACAAUUGUGUUAUUCAGCCAAGCGGCUGCCGCGUUCACUGGAUAGCAGGCCUAGCUGUUGAAUUCGAUGAGCGGAGGAUUCGAAGCAAUACUGCACAAGCUUUGUUUGCCCUAAAGGGCUGCAAGUGCAACGAGCCAUAGCUAAUACUGCUACAAUUAUUGUUUGUAGAAGAUAAUACAUGCUGAUAUAGAUGAGAACACCCUUAUAAACAGUGUAGUGGAGUUACACAGCCUUUGUCUUGUGGUGCUUAUGAUUCAGCGGGAUGUUGGAUCGGAUGGGACCAGGAAUAACGGCCUGCAAAUGAAGGGACGCAAGUAGAAAUCGAGUAAUUAGUCGACUCCAUCUAAACGAACAGACUCAAUCGUGGUAUUUGCUUUUCCCCCUCCACAUUGCUUGUUCGUGUAGCAGCACUCUAUUGUGUGAGCAUCUUUAUUAUUCCCUUCGCUCUGACCAGGAUCCUGCUAGCUCGCCCGCCGCCCCCUCGGCCACAGCUGUGUAUUAACUACACUUUUUUUUAAUCGGCACGACACAGUUCGAUAUAAACAUGUGUUCUCGAGUUUGGUUUGUGACCGACCGGCGUAUCCAUCAGGAGUAUCCGCAAGUUCAGAUCCUUCGGGCUCUGAAACAGCGAUGCUCCGAGGAGGAUGUUGAAUUCCGCUCUCUUCUCAUGGACCAAAUCGUGCUCACCAUCAGCGAGGGACAAUUAGGUCUGAGGGUCGAGCAGGAGGUGGUGACGUCCUACCCUCAGGUGGCGGUGGUGCGAGUCCCCACCCCCUGGGUGCAGUCGGACAGCGACAUCACAGUGCUACGCCACCUGGAAAAGAUGGGCUGCCGGCUGGUCAACCGGCCCCAGGCCAUCCUCAACUGCGUCAACAAGUUCUGGACCUUCCAGGAGCUGGCUGGCCAUGGGGUCCCACUCCCUGACACCUUCUCCUACGGAGGACACGAGAACUUCCGCAAGAUGAUUGAUGAAGCGGAACCGCUGGGCUACCCUGUGGUGGUGAAGAACGCACGUGGUCACAGAGGAAAGGCAGUGUUCCUGGCCAGGGACAAGCACCACCUGGCCGACCUGAGCCACCUGAUUCGCCACGACGCUCCCUAUCUCUUCCAGGAGUACGUGAAGGAGUCUCACGGCCGCGACGUCCGGGUGGUGCUGGUGGGCGGCCGCGUCAUUGGCUCCAUGCUGCGCUGCUCCACCGAUGGACGCAUGCAAAGCAACUGCUCCCUGGGUGGCGUGGGGAUGAUGUGCCCGCUGAGUGAGCAGGGCAAGCAGUUGGCGGUGCAGGUGUCCAACAUCCUUGGCAUGGACGUGUGCGGCAUUGACCUGCUGCAGCUCAACGACGGCUCGUUCGUGGUGUGCGAGGCCAACGCCAAUGUGGGCUUCAUUGCCUUCGAUCAGGCGUGCGGCAUGGACGUGGCGGGUAUCGUGGCUGACUACGCCCUCUCACUGCUGCCUAGCCGCCUGACACGCAAGAUGUCGCUGCUCUCGGUGGUGUCCAGUGCCAGCGAGACUAGCAGCGAGCCUGAGGUGUGCCCGGCGCCCAGCAACGUACUGCCCGAGGCCGUGUGCAACAUGAGCGUGGGGUCCACUUCUAGUGAGAGCGACCCCGAGCUGGCCGAUACCACCCCGCAGCCCACGAGCCGCCAAGUUGGCCCCAGCCCGGUCCUGCCCAACCUCCCUGACCCGGCCUACAACUUCAACACCCUCCUCGCCAACGAGAUCAAACUAUUGACUGAGUGAGCCGAAUACAGCCACGGCACACAUGCACACUUACACACACAGACACACACAGACACACUUACAAACACACACCUGAACACAUGGCGAUGGACAUUCCUGUUACAGAGCACACACACAAACUCCUAUACACGUUAUACAGGCAGGAUGUUACAUGCGAAAGCAUGAGCUGAACAAACAAAAAUGAAAUGAAAAAUGCCAUGACCACAGAAACUGACAUUACGAACACGCCUUCUCUUACUAACUCCCCCCAUAAACACAGAGAUCUGAGGCUGCUCCCCUGACUCUACUGCUCUUCUCCCCCACUGCGAACAACCCAGUUUUACAACCGCAGGUGGUGGCAGAAGUGGGAUCCAGAAGUUUAGAUGAAUUACUGAAUCUUUUUGUUUUCAAUUGCAUUGUGAGUGUGAGUUGAGUAAGAGCAUUUUUUGGGAGAAUCCUAAAGAGCAUUGCAUACAUCAACACAUAGUCAACCAAGUUUUAUUUGUUUGCACCAAAGAAAACAAGUGAUGGACAACAAUACAGAUAAAACACAUUUAAAACAACUGUUUGCAGGUGUGGUUGGAAGCCCAAGGGCUAAUAUGAAAAUCACGCCAGUCUGUCACCCAAUUAAACUGAACACACUCUACAAAACUGUAUUUUGGAGAAUGAGAAUGAUGCGUGGUCGUCGUUAUAGAUCAACCACUGAGGAAGUAGCCAGGCUUGAUUUACUGCUGGUGAAAUGAAGUGUUUUUCAAGUGAUUUUCUCCAUAACUGGGUGAGGGGUACAUACAGAGGACUAGUUAGACUGCCCACCAGCUCCAUGUAGCAGAGGACAGACCUGGUUCACCGUCACAGGGACUAUUAAGUGCAGAUUGGGGUCAUUUCCAUUUUCUACCUCAGUUAAAUCUGGAAAUGGGAUGAUUGAAAUUGACAAAUAAAAAGAAUCACUGUCACAUUUCAUUCGUAUUAAAUUCACGAAUUGUCUGUAAUCAAAAUGGGACUUACCACCCAAUGCUGACAAGGAGCCCCUAAACACGGGAUCAUUAGAAUAACAAAACUGACCUAGCCCCAUUGCCAAGAGGCACCUUGUAUAGUAACAACACUACACGAUACCCUCUCAAGAGAUUCCAUCUAGAAAUGCAUAAGCAUAGGUCAAGCACAAUUGACCCUGAAACUCUAAAAUCGAGCGCCUUCUGUCACUUGGUUUUCAAGUUAAUGUUUUUAGCGGCUUGUUUUUAUUAGGAUUUUACAAGAACAAUAGUCAAACAGCGACUCUUUCUCUUCAUCUGAAAUAAAGCACUUUAAGAUAAACCGAUGAAUUGCGUGGUGGAACUACAUACUCGGGAGCAGGUUGACGUUUAUUGUCAUGAGGGUUGUCCUGGAGGCAGAACUGAGUGAUUUCCCCUUAAAUAGGCUAGCUGCAAAGUCAAAUUUGUCGAUAAUGUAAAAAUUCAUGAAAAGGAAAAUGUGCUUUUUGGUCUCAAUUUAGGAUUAGAGAUGUUAUGAUUUUGUGGCUGUGCUAUCUAGUGCUAGUGUGCUAGUGACCAUUCUGCAGAGCUGCCUCCAGAACAAUAUUCAUGACGAAAAAACGCUAACCUGAUACUUUGGAGGCAAGUUCAAUCCGUCUAGAAACAGUGCGGAAGCUGUCACUACACCUACAAGAAAAAUAUACCUCAAUACAGAAAACUUCUCACUGCCAUAGAAUAAACUACUUUGAGUCAUACAUAUCAGCCAGCAUCCUUGACUUUACAAGAUGUCCCUCCCUUGAUACAUAGGGCGUAGAUAUACUGUAGUCAAGUACAUUUUUUGUAAAUAAUAAUUUUAGAAGUGUUCAUGCUUACUAGUCUCUGGCUGAUAUGAAAACCAUAAGGGCUGAAAUAACUGCUAACUUUCUCAACUUAAACAUUUUGGUAAACUUGUGUAGAAAAGAUUGGUUUGUACAGAACUGCAAUGUCAGAAAUAAAUGUUUUACAAAAAACACGAGUGCUAACGUUUCUGUGGAUUUGGCUAAAUGUGUUUAAUCAGCCCAAUGUUUUGGCCGGUGAUGAAUUACUGUUUAUUCAACUCAAGUGAGGUAAUCUUCAUAAACCUGUUGUACAAAUAAAAUGCAAAACAAUACUUACUUUUUUUACAGUGUGUUUGAUAGAAUGUUACUUUUUUUAUUCCUCAAAAGGAAAACUUCUCCAGGGAUAUCUGUUGGUUACUUGCGGUAAAUCUACCACUCAGCCUUCAAAAAAUACCUAUCCUCUAGGUAUUAACUUUGGGGCAUCCAUCAUCAACCAAAAAGCAUUCGCUGUAAUCAUCCAAAGCACAAGCCACUCUACUUUGUGCCACUUAGUGACUAGCUACAGCAUAGUGUUGAGGCAUAUAUAUAAAAGGCUUCGAUGUCAAACCGUUGACUAACAUAACUCAGGGAAGCAGCCUUGAUCUCAUCCCCACUCCUAAGGCAUGUGACAUAUCCAUCCUAGCUACAGAUCUGCCUAAAAUGUGUAUUGAUGACAAACAAAAAAGGAUUUGUAACUAUUAAAAGAUGCGUUGUACCAUUAAGGUUAACACUCACUUUUUUUCCUUACUUGUUUUAUAAUGUUCAGUGUUUUUUCCACUAAUUCAUUUCUGGUAUUUUUAAGGAUGUGGUUUGUGUGCACUUAUCUCGUCUCAAAUAAAGUGAGGCCGCUGUGAAGCAUGGUUUUUGUGGGGGGCGAUUUACUAACCAGCUGGAAUCUAAUGGGUCUCCAUGAGGAAGAUAUCCGAGUAUGCCAAAUGUGAACACGGCAAAUCAUUUUUGGGAAAGUUUUAGGGACAAUGCAGUCAAGUAUUUCAGCAAGCUCCACUGGGAGGUAACACCAUUUACAGUACUGUGAUUUGUCCAUCAUUAUGAAAUAUCUAUUUGAGUAAACUGAAUCCCCUGUACUUGAAAUAGGGCCAGGGGGUCUGAUCAUCAAUAAGUCUAAGUCACCAUGCUUCCACAGUUUCUGGGUGACUGGUCUACAAUAGUUGUUGUCCCUUUUAUUUUCCCAAACGUUUGAUGUGUUGUCCUGUAUGUCAAGCCUGUGUCAUUCCACAUGUAUACUUUUUUUUUAAAGAAUGUAAAGAGAAGACAUCCUAGAGUCUAGACCAGGGGGCAAAGUACGGCCCGCCGGGCACUUCAAUCCGUCCCUCGAGACCCCUUUUUUCUCCCCAAUUUCGUGGUAUCCAAUUGGUAGUUACAUCGCUGCAACUCCCGUACAGACUCGGGAGUGGCGAAGGUCGAGAGCCGUGCGCUCUCCGAAACACGACCCAGCCAAGCUGCGCUGCUUCUUGACACAAUGCCCGCUUAACCCGGAAGCCAGCUGCACCAAUGUAUCAGAGGAAACGCCGUACACCUGCCGACCUCGUCAGCGUGCAUGCGCCCGGCCCACCAUAGGAGUCGCUAGAGCACGAUGGGACAAGGAAUCUCGGCCUGCCAAACCCUCUCCUAACCCGGACGAUGCUGGGCCAAUUGUGUUCCGCCUCAUGGGUCUCCCAGUCACGGCAUGCUGUGACACAGCCUGGGAUCGAACCCGGGUCUGUAGUGACGUCUCAUGCACAGCAAUGCAGUGCCUUAGACCGCUGCCACCGCAAAUUGAUUUUAACAAACAAUUGGUCCCACAAGAAAUGCGGCCCUCCAUUGAAAUUCAAAAUCCCGAUGUGGCCCUUGAGCCAAAAAGUUUGCGCACCCCUGGUCUAGACCUUAAUACCAGCCAUAGGAAAGAAUGAAGGGAUUACCAUUUUCUCCAACAUAUGCAUUGUUGAAAUAAUAGUCCUAAUUACUACAUUCAUAUAACCUACAAAGCAUAUCUAGGAUAAUUUACUCUAUGGUUUAGUAUGUGUGUCCAAAAUAACUUUAAAUGCCUUAUCCCAUUUACUUUGUGGAAACUGAUAGGGAAACACUGAAUGAUUCAAAUUUGCCUGAAAAAACGGCCCCCCCUACACACUCUUUAUUCACAAAUAUGCAAAGAAUUGGAAACAUCUUUGGAAAAUGUGGUUGGCGUUGUAAGGCAUGAAAAAUGUUUUUAGCUUUGAUUUCAUCUAUCCGGUCUUUUCUGAUCCGUGUCCACCAUAGGAAGGAGACAAAGAACCAAUUGACGAGAACAGGUUACACUGCCUAUUCUAUAUAUGACAUGGCUAAAGCUAGUAAUUGGUAAGUAAUGACAUGGUCAUGGUUUGAUGAUGUAGCACUCUGUGCAGCCUGUUCUGUACUGAUGUUAAUGUGCUAGUCGGAACAAGGAAAAUUGUAAACUUCCGACUUGCUAACUGGUUGUAGUUAUACAUAUGCCAUGUUAAACCAGUUUGCAAAUCAGACAUUUCCAAGUUUCCUAGUUCACUUGUGGUGAGUGAAGGGUCUGUGACCAUACACAACAACAACACAAUUCAAAGUCACUAUUUAUUUCUGAAUUGCUGCUAAUGUAUAUUUGGCUCAAUUAAGGAAUCCAAUGUGUUUCUGAGUUUAUCAGUCUCUCAACACCUGGUAAUUAAUCUGAAUGCCAAAAACAAGCAUGGAUGUUAAAAUCAACACUAAUAAUACUAGUAGUGAAAUUAUUAACAUUGAUUCUUUGUGUUUUGAUAUAAAGACAUGACUUGUACAUAUGUAGGACUUGAAAGAGUCCUUCAUUUCAUCCAUCAAUGUGUUCAGAAAUGAACCUGAUGUUUGCUCUAAGGUUUACAAUAUUGAUUGAUAUAUUAAAUUGAUCAAUAAAAAACUGCUUCUGUUAUACCACAUUUGUUCAUGAUCUAAUUAAACUUUGUGGGUUAAAAUACUAUUUAAAUAUCUUCCAUAACACAAGAAAUGUCCCUUCAAACCAUCUGUGUGUGAUGAAAUAUUAAAAACUUAAAUGAAAGAAUCUAAAUGGAUAUGACGUUAUGGAAUGCUAAUGUCAUGCCCCUAGUCUGCAGGCUACAGUCAUGCAAGAAUUUUGUUUGAAGAAACAGGGUCAAUCGGUGACCACGUUUACAUGCACACUAAUAUCCCGUUAUUAUUCGGGAUACUCAAGUAUUCUGUUUUUGAGUUGAGGCAUAUAUAAACAUCAUAUCCCAUUUACAAUAACCCGAAAAAGCAUGUAUCCCGGUUAUACGAAACCAGGAUAAGAUGUCUGGGAUAUGCUGAUCUUGGAUGGGAUAAUGUGACAUGUAAACAUCUUAUCCCGUUUACUGUUAUUUUUCGUGGUUUCCGCACAGAGGUAAAUACAGUUUCAGGUUGGAAAUUCGAUGGAUAUUCGCCUGUAGUCUUCCUUACAUCCACCAACAGCAGUUAGGGACCGUCAACAUAGUGACAAAUCACAUUUUUAAAAUUUCAAUAGCUUUUUAACCAUUACUCCUGAAACUUUCAAAAUGGGUUCUAGCUAACCCGAUGGCAUAGACACACAUUGCACACAUUUAUUCUUUGUCGAUUUACAUCUUGCACUAUUUUAAAUGAUUUAUUUACAUUUUUAAUUUCAAUAGCUCAUUGGUCAUGUGACCUACAGGACUCAAACAAGGUUCAGAAUGUCCACUGAAUAACCUUCUAUAUGGCACACCCUUUAAUUUGUCCAUUUUCAUCUCACAUGAUUUUACAUUAAUUUUUCUAAAUGUAAAAUUUCAAUAGCUCCUUGAUCAUGUAACCUAGGGACUUCAAACAAGGUUUAGAAUGUCCACUGAGUGGGCCUACACAUUAGUUCGUCCAUUUUCAUCUCACAUGAUUUUACAUGAAUCAUUCAAAGUGUAAAAUUUCAAUAGUUGCAUGGUCAUGUGACCUAGGGACUUCAAACAAGGUACAGAAUGUCCACUGACUACCCUUCUAUAUUGCACACCAUUUAGUUUGUCCUUUUUCAUCUCACAUGAAUUUUUCUAAAUUUAGAAUGUCAAUAGCUCCUUGCUCAUGUGACCUAGUGACUUCAAACAAGGUUCAGAAUGUUCACUCAGUGGGCCUACACACUGCACACCCUUUAAUUUGUCAAUUUUCAUCUCACAAGAUUUGACAUGAAUUUUUUUUUUUUAUGUAAAAUUUCAAUAGCUCCUUGGUCAUGUGACCUGAUUUCAAACAUGGUGCAGAAUGUACCCUUCUAUAUUGCACACUCUUGUUUGUGUACUGUAAAAUCAUGCGGUGUAAUGUACAUUUCUUCAUAGUUUCCCAUUUCAUUAGCUCCUUGGUCAUGUCAAUUACACACCUAAGAAGCGUGCAGUGGAUAUACACCCAUAUUGCAUAACCUCUUGUCAUGUAUCUUCUAUAUUGUUGCACAUUAAGAUUAAUUUAGGGGGUUCAGUCCAGUGUUGUGUUUACCCUUUUCUUUAAUAUUUAUCUUUAAUAAUUGGUAGUUCUAAGUACUUAUUGUCCCUGUUUUUUAUUUUUCUCCAGUAUUUAACAGCGGUACACAAUAGGAGAGAGACAGAUAAUAUCUCCUUUCGUCGUUAAUAUCAACCAUAAAGGAAAACGGCAAAGUACGAGAGUCAUGUUAUUAAUUGUCCAAAGCAGGGAUGGAGAGUGAGCUAGUGAGGUAGGCUGCAGUGGGUUUGCUGGUCAAUACAUAUACUGAAUAUGUAACCACAGUAAUGGGGGCCAGUAAAUCAAUUAUUAAAAAUGUAAUAUUGACAAAUUAAACAGAAAUUGUAGACCUUUAAUCUUUUCCAACAUGUCAACAGACACUUCAGAUAAGUAUGAAACAUUUCACAAUGUUAACUUUCUCUUUAUCCAUGGUUGAUGUACAUUUCAGGGCCUCUUCAGUGUGGGUGGGGUAUAGCAUACAUUUUCAACAACAAAGACUGCACUUCCAGUUAGUUGAAUUAUUUUGUCUUCAUUCCCAGUUACAGCACAUGGAACCACCGUUGGCAUGCAAAACAUUCCAUCUUAAACAAAUAAAGCAUAACACGUUAUAAUUUAUAUCAAUUAUCAAUGCAGAAUGACGAAUUAGCCAUCUAUUGUGUUAUAUCAUAAAUUGUCUUGCAUGCCGUCACUGUUGUCAAAAGAAUAUAAACAUGUUAAAUAAAGUUACUAACCCAGUUA